CAACCAACUGAUACAUCUGCUGCUGACUCGCGACGAUGCGCCCGGUUCGACAUUUUUAACCAGAACCGGCCCUCUCGGCGGCUUCCGGGCGCAGGGCAGUGGCAUGGUUUUUAAGAGGAUGGAAACGGACGAAGUGUCGAUUAGGGAGCAACUUUUCCACAACCGCGUCCGAGAGACGAUAAUCUGCGUCCUCCUGUUUACGUGCCUUUACAUGGUGUGCUACCUCAUCCUCACACACUUCAAAAAGACUGCCGAGUUUAUCACAGAUGAUAUCGAAGAUGCUACAGUUAACAAAAUUGCGCUCUGGCUGUGCACGUUCACCCUUUCUGUCGCAGUGUGCGCCGUGCUGCUUCUGCCCAUCUCCAUUCUGUCAAACGAGGUUCUGCUCACCUUCCCACACAGCUACUACAUGCAGUGGCUCAAUGGCUCUCUUAUCCACGGGUUAUGGAACCUAGUGUUUUUGUUCUCCAACCUGUCCCUCGUCUUCCUCAUGCCUUUUGCAUAUUUCUUCACUGAGUCUGAGGGGUUCGCUGGAUCCAAAAAGGGAGUGAUGGCGCGAGUGUAUGAAGCUGUUGUGCUGCUGAUCUUGCUCGCUCUCCUUGUGCUGGGUAUUGUGUGGGUGGCGUCAGCUCUCCUCCAUGACAACGUUGCCCGACAGAGCCUCUACGACCUGUGGGAGUAUUACCUGCCAUACCUGUACUCUGGGAUUUCUCUGUUUGGAGUGCUGCUGCUUCUGCUGUGCACCCCGUUUGGCUUGUCUCGAAUGUUCAGUGUUACGGGUAGCCUGCUUGUGAAACCUCGGCUUCUGGAGGACAUAGAAGACACUCUGAGCUGUGCCGUUUUUGAAGAAGAUUCGCUCUUCAGGAAGCUGAAUUGUGGCAGUCCAUCGUGUUGGGUCAAGUUGAACAUGGAGGCUAUGAGAAAAGAGUACCUUGCAGUUCAGAGCAGGCGUGUCGCCCUGGAGAUGCGGAGGAAGGCUUCACCAUGGCAACGAAACUUGGGCUAUCCUCUGGCGAUGCUUAUCCUGCUUGCACUGACUGUGAUGUGUGUGCUGAUGGUCUGUUUCAAUGUGCUGGAGCUGCUGCUGGAUGAGACAGCCAUGCCCAGAGGAAUGGAGGACCCUCACCUGGGAAUGGCCUCCUUUUCCAUGUUCGGCUCUCUGGGCGCUGCAGUGCAGGUGGUCCUCAUCCUCUACCUGAUGGUGUCCUCAGUUGUGGGUUUUUACAGCUCUCCUCUCUUCUGUGGCCUCCUCCCUCGCAUGAAAGACACUAACCUCACACGGAUGAUUGCAAACUGUGUUUCGCUGCUAAUACUGAGCUCUGCACUGCCUGUGUUUUCGCGCACACUUGGGAUCACCCGUUUCGAUUUGCUGGGAGACUUCGGUCGAUAUAACUGGCUGGAGAACUUCUACGUGGUCUUCCUGUACAACAUGCUGUUUGCUGGUCUCACCUCCGCCUCUCUUACAAAGACAGUCACCUGGGCGGUGCGGAAGGAGCUCAUCCGUGCCUUUGGACUCGACAGGUUGCCAAUGACUGUGUCACGGACUACCAUUCCUCUUAAACUCCUCCUGGCCAAUGGGCUGUCUAAAAUCCAGUGACCCUUUCUGUUUUGUGUUUUUUUUAAACACUCCUAAGCACUGUCUGGUCUUAACUUUAAAGGCCGAACCGCAUUGUGAACCAGUGAUUCAAGCCUCCUCCUUGCCGUUAGACGGCAGAGCCUUCCCUCUUUAAAAGGACCGGCAAAGACGAGCCUCUCCGCUCUUCAGCCAGCGGGGACACAGCGUGUUGGUGUGUUUUCACGACUGACGCAUCCUGAUCAAGAACUGUGCUGCAAGUUGAGCAAUCAGUCCAAGUCAUCAUAGAAAAGCCUGCGUUGGACGGCGAAGAAAGGAUGGAAGCCGUACUGGGAGUUCUGCAUUUCUGAACAAUAAAGUCAGCAGUAUUUUUUUUUUUUUUUUUUUUUUUGUGAAGCGUAGCUGUGUCAUGAAUCCAUCUGUCCCCUUCAGGGUGUUCUUGGUACUCCAGUCAAUUCUUUGCACGUUACACAACUUUUGUGAGAUUGGAACUCUUCUUUUGUGUGGGUCUGGUUUUCUAACAGGGUUUUUACUGUAAAUAAGUAAAAGGUUGUUCUGUUGGUGGAAAAAAAGACUUUGUUGUUGUAUGUAUGUUAACCUAGAGGUUACACAGGGAAUUUUUGUGUGUGUGUUGCUGCUUUUCCAGGCAAAUGGGAGCAUUUUGUGAGUGUGGCCAGAACUGUACUUUUUUUGUUGUUUUUUUGUUUGUUUGUUUGUUUUUCGGAAGAAAAAAACAAGAAGCGUGUCUUAAACUUUGUACUGUUAAUGUAAACUAUUCUAGUGAGGAAUUGCUGCCUUUACCAAUCAAACUGUGAAUUAUUAAGAAUCUGUGUGGGAUUGUGCAAUAUUUUAUACAUAAAAGCACACUUUGAAACUUUACCAAAAAUAAUUUUAGAACCUUUUUGUUUUGUUGUUGUUGUUGUUCUUUUAUGUUAGGAUUUGUAGAAUCCUCUUUUUUAAAAGUGUUUUUUAAUAAAGAAGCCAAAUAUGACCCUCAGGGCUUUCGUUGUUUACCAGGAUGGCCUGGUGCAAAAACUCCAUAAUCUCAGCAUUAUGUCAUCAUCUGCUGCGCGUUGGUGAUCCUGGAUCGCUGCUGCCGCGCCUGCAUCAUCGGCAUCUUGUUCUCUGUUGGUUUGACCAGCAGGGGGCAGUGCAUCUCAAACGCAAAAAAACAAGUUUUUCGUUGGAGCUCGUCCUCUUCCACGUGUCCCCAGCGUUAUGCACACGAGUCACCACGUUUACCCACUGAUGUUGUUCAGGGAACGCUUAUCCUUGCUUCUGAAACAAGGUGUCUAAUGUUCUCUUUUUAUGGGAAUUUGGGUUUUAUACGUCACGUUUUAGUCAUUGCUCCAUAGCUGUUAGGUGAUGUAUGAGUAAAUAUUUAAAGUAAUACUGCAACUUAAAAAAAAGAAAAAAGUUAUUUUGGAGGCCUCUGGUUUGGCAGUCCAUUUUUUUUUCAUGUUUUACAGUGUUAUGAGCGUAAAGCAAUAAUUAAAAAAAAGAAAACCUUU